AUGGCAUCAAAUGAUAGUCUCGUGAACGGGAGCACUACGUGGGCGGUGGACACGAGUCCCAUACACCUGUUGGCAGCCGUCACCAGUCUUCUGCAGGAUUCGAUUCCAACGGUUCCACUGAAUAGCAAUCAAACCAACUCUUUGACAAACAUCUCAUUGAUGUCCAGUUCUGGUGCUGUGUCUGAUGGCCAGUGUCUGGACGGCUUGUUUCUGCCAUUUUGGCCCCACUAUGACAGCACUGGACUCAUUGUAUUCCACGGAAUCGUCUACUUCUUGGCCCUGAUCUACAUCUUCGUCGGCGUCGCUAUAAUCGCCGACCGGUUUAUGGGAGCCAUAGAGGAGAUCACAUCCCAAGAACAGGACGUAAUCGUUCGCAAACCCAAUGGCGAGAAGGAGAUAAUAUCAGUGAAGAUCUGGAACGAGACGGUCUCCAACCUAACUCUCAUGGCUUUGGGCUCUUCUGCGCCCGAAAUCCUGUUGUCAGUGAUCGAGAUCUGUGGCAAUAACUUCAAUGCGGGUGAUUUGGGUCCGGGAACUAUCGUAGGGUCGGCCGCAUUCAACAUGUUUGUCAUAAUCGCGAUCUGCGUUUGGGUCGUCCCCUCGGAGGCCAAAAAGAUCAAACACUUGCGUGUCUUCUGCAUAACGAUGGUCUUCUCGGUGUUCGCCUACAUAUGGCUGCUCUAUAUCAUCGUGUGGUCGACUCCCGGUGUCAUUGAGGUCUGGGAGGCAUUCCUCACAUUCCUCUUCUUCCCAAUCACUGUACUCUUGGCCUAUAUUGCGGACAAACGGCUACUUAUCUACAAGUAUUUGGACAAAAGGUAUCGCAUGAAAAGGGGCCGCAAAGCCAUAUACGCCGGCGCCGACGCGGCCGACGGGGAGAACCUGGAGCUCACUUCAGUUGACGCCAAUGGUGUCAAACUCAAAGUGAAUGACGUUGAACUCAAAGGAGAUCUUAAGUUGCAACAGAUUGAAGAUCACAGGGAAGAGGUUAUCGAUAUUCUGCGCAAAUUCAAGUCCACUAAUCCCAACGCCUCUAACGAGGAAUUGGUGGAAAUGGCGUCUUUAGAGUUGCAUAAACUUCAACCCAAAAGUAAAGCCUAUUAUCGCAUACAAGCGGCUCGAAAAAUGAUGGGAAGUGUGGGCGAGAAAGUGAAGGACCACUUCCUGAAGUCGAUUAACGAGGACUUCGAGACCUCCGAUGACGAGAAGGAGAACAACAACAUUAAGAUAUUCUUUAAUCCAAAAGAGUAUACAGUCUUAGAAAAUAUCGGUGCCUUUCAGCUGACAGUGAGUCGUUCGGGUGCUCUCGAGUCGACAAUUCUUGUUGACUAUAACACCGAAGACGGAACAGCAAAGUGUGGAUCAGAUUAUGAAGCCGUGAAUGGAGUGAUAUCUUUCGGACCGGGAGAACAACACCAACAGAUCUCCGUUAAGAUUAUAAACGACGAUAUCUUUGAAGAUGACGAGUAUUUCUAUGUGAGACUCUCUGAGGCCCAUUAUAUGGCGCCGGUGUCCGAAGACACCACUCGACCAAACAUUAUACUGAGUGAACCGGAAGCGAAAGUGACAAUUCUUGACGACGACCACAGCGGUGUCUUCUCGUUCAACAAUAAUAUGAUACAAAUUCCUGAAAGCGUCGGUCACUACCACUUAAGAGUCACCCGAUUUUGUGGUGCGAGAGGACAUGUGGCCCUUCCCUAUAAGAUGAGCGCCGGAACUGCUAAACCAAAUGUUGAUUUCCAGAUGAUUGACUCGAAGAUUGAGUUUGGAAACAAUGAGACGCAUAAAGAUAUUGUCCUUAAUAUUAUAAAUACUGAUAACUACGAGAAGAAUGUGGCGUUUUAUGUGGAGAUAGGAGAGCCCUAUCGUAUCGACUAUCAUCCGACCAAAGAAACGGGUGAUGAAAAGGGUGCGCCACGACUCGGGGAACUCGUCAAAUGCACGGUUAGGAUCCGCGAGAGUCGAGACUUUAGAGCGACAGUCGAUAAGUUGAUGCGACAGAAGAAAGCCGUUUCGGCCAUCAGUACGUCUUCAUGGGAGGGACAGUUCAUCGAAGCGGUGAGAGUGCCGUCUCUCGGCUCAGAAAGAGAAGCCGAUGCGGAGGUUGAGGGCGACGUGCGAGUGGUUCAGAAGAAGUCAAUAAUGGCUUAUAUUUUCCAUUACUUGACUUUAUUCUGGAAAGUGUUGUUCGCUUGCGUUCCGCCGCCAAACCUAUACAACGGUUGGGCCUGUUUUGUGGUCUCCAUUAUAGUGAUCGGCUUAUUGACGGCACUCAUCAACGACUUGGCCUCACAGUUCGGCUGCACUAUUGGCCUCAAAGACUCGGUUACGGCCAUAUCAUUGGUGGCAUUGGGCACAUCAGUUCCCGACACUUUUGCCUCCAAAAUCGCGGCUCUCAAUGACAAAUACGCCGACUCUUCCAUCGGAAACGUGACCGGAAGUAAUGCAGUGAACGUAUUCUUGGGAAUCGGUAUCGCGUGGACUAUAGCCGCAGUAUAUCACGCAUUUAAGGGCACAGACGGAGGCUUUGUCGUGGAUCCGGGAAAUCUGAGCUUUUCUGUCACCAUAUUCUGCAUCUCGGCCUUUGUUUGCGCCGCUGUUUUGCUAAUGAGACGAACCGCUGCUGUCGGCGGAGAAUUAGGCGGUCCUAUGAUUUACAAACUGCCGACGACUAUACUUUUUGUGGCCCUUUGGCUCAUAUAUGUUGUUCUGUCCAGUCUUGAGGCCUAUCCGAAAGUGACAAUUCUUGACGACGACCACAGCGGUGUCUUCUCGUUCAACAAUAAUAUGAUACAAAUUCCUGAAAGCGUCGGUCACUACCACUUAAGAGUCACCCGAUUUUGUGGUGCGAGAGGACAUGUGGCCCUUCCCUAUAAGAUGAGCGCCGGAACUGCUAAACCAAAUGUUGACUUCCAGAUGAUUGACUCGAAGAUUGAAUUUGGAAACAAUGAGACGCAUAAAGAUAUUGUCCUUAAUAUUAUAAAUACUGAUAACUACGAGAAGAAUGUGGCGUUUUAUGUGGAGAUAGGAGAGCCCUAUCGUAUCGACUAUCAUCCGACCAAAGAAACGGGUGAUGAAAAGGGUGCGCCACGACUCGGGGAACUCGUCAAAUGCACGGUUAGGAUCCGCGAGAGUCGAGACUUUAGAGCGACAGUCGAUAAGUUGAUGCGACAGAAGAAAGCCGUUUCGGCCAUCAGUACGUCUUCAUGGGAGGGACAGUUCAUCGAAGCGGUGAGAGUGCCGUCUCUCGGCUCAGAAAGAGAAGCCGAUGCGGAGGUUGAGGGCGACGUGCGAGUGGUUCAGAAGAAGUCAAUAAUGGCUUAUAUUUUCCAUUACUUGACUUUAUUCUGGAAAGUGUUGUUCGCUUGCGUUCCGCCGCCAAACCUAUACAACGGUUGGGCCUGUUUUGUGGUCUCCAUUAUAGUGAUCGGCUUAUUGACGGCACUCAUCAACGACUUGGCCUCACAUUUCGGCUGCACUAUUGGCCUCAAAGACUCGGUUACGGCCAUAUCAUUGGUGGCAUUGGGCACAUCAGUUCCCGACACUUUUGCCUCCAAAAUCGCGGCUCUCAAUGACAAAUACGCCGACUCUUCCAUCGGAAACGUGACCGGAAGUAAUGCAGUCAACGUAUUCUUGGGAAUCGGUAUCGCGUGGACUAUAGCCGCUGUAUAUCACGCUUUUAAGGGCACAGACGGAGGCUUUGUCGUGGAUCCGGGAAAUCUGAGCUUUUCUGUCACCAUAUUCUGCAUCUCGGCCUUUGUUUGCGCCGCUGUUUUGCUAAUGAGACGAACGGCUGCUGUCGGCGGAGAAUUAGGCGGUCCUAUGAUUUACAAACUGCCGACAACUAUACUUUUUGUGGCCCUUUGGCUCAUAUAUGUUGUUCUGUCCAGUCUUGAGGCCUAUCGUAUUAUUGACGGCUUCUAA